AUGCAGUUCUCAUUUUAUGCCGCCACUUGCCUGGCUCUCGUUAGCCGUGUGUUUGCACAAACCGAGGGCUUCGAUGCUAUCACUGCACCAACCAAGGACCAGAUCCUCACUGCUGGGACGACCUCGACUGUGACCUGGGAAUACAAGCCCGAGUAUGCUGGAACUGUGACCAUCACCCUCCUUCAGGGCGCGACUCCUGAGACGCUGCAGCUUGGUAGCGCUAUCGCAACUGGCAUCGAUAACAGUGCUGGAUCUUACUCCUGGAGCAUCGACUCCAGCCUCGGGGCUGACGCAACCUACGGCUUGAAGAUCAGCCUCGACUCAAACCCCGCAACUUUCCAGUACUCGUUCCCAUUCCACAUCUCUGCCUCUGGCGGCUCCAGCUCCAGCAGCUCCAGCAGCAGCAGCAGCAGCAGCAGCGUCAGCGUUCCCGUCAGCAGCUCCUCCAGUUCUGCGUCGGUCUCGUCCACCAGCGCUUCUUCGUCUCUCUCCUCCAGCGUCUCAACCACUGUCUCCACCACGUCGGCCCCAACCACUUUCCCUACCUUGACUCCCACCGGAGGCAGCGGCGUGAACAAGACUACGACUGCCACAGGAACGACAUUGACCUCCAAGGUGACACCCACUGGCACAGGCUCUGGGACGCCCUCCUCGAGCUCGUCCGCUAUCGCGACUGCUGGCGCCGCGAAGGUGGUCGCUGGUUCCUUCGCUGCUAUGGGUGGUCUCGCCGCUGCGCUGUUUGCUCUAUAA